AUGGCGCCGCCUGUGCUCCCGAACCCGUCCAACUUCCUGGCUGUGGCACUGGUGAUCAACAGAUCCCGUGACGGGCCCAACUUCGUCUUCCACUAUCCACCACACGUCCUACCGCCCAAUACCCAAUCUAACAAUCACGAGCAAGCCGAUGUGUCGGCUGAAUAUGACGACAUCCUCCUGCAGCGUCUCAACCAGCCCGGAUUGCUAGAUGCCGAUAACAACGGCGACGACCUCCAGCAAUGGACCGCUGGAGAUGACCACCUGAUUACAGACGAGGGCACACAAAUUGUGCCUUGGGAAUAUGUCGCUGGAUUUCCCACAAAGGACCUCGCCAGCAUCCUGACUCCGGGGAGAGCCUACCACAAAAAGCUCUUUCAACUCUCUCUGGACCCCCUGUACUGCGUCUCUUAUCCCAUACACGUCCCAGAAAGCGGAACGUGGAAGAAGAAGAAAAAGAAAAAUGGCAGGACGGGGGGAGCCAAAUCUGUACGGACAGAGGAGUCCGCGGUGCUGGUCGAUUUAGACCCCAACGAGGACAGCCAAGAUGCGCCCAAUGGUGCAGAUGCGUUGCAGGCCGAGUCGAAGGAGGAAGAAGAGUGUCUGCAAGAUGAGGCUGACGACAAGCGCGCCUCCAUGACGAUGUUCAAUCUGGUGUUCAUUCUGAAUCCGAAGAAGCACGAGGCCAAGGAACUCAUUGCUACCCUGUAUCUGAACAUCAUCAAGAAGGUCAACAAGGCCUACAAGUACUGUCAACAACACAGCGAGUUCGUGUGGAAGGAGUCGAAGCGCAUAUCGGCUUUGAAAGACAAGGGCCGAGAAGACAAACGUAAAAUGAGCUCACUAUGGAACGAGAUCCUGGCGACGUCUUCACUAGCAGCCUCUGUCCAGGACAUCUACGAGGCCGUCUCUCAGAACAAGAUUGCCGCUCUACAGCUCGAUACGGCUGCUGGGCCGAUAACCCCAUCAGUCCAGAUCCCAGUGCCGUUCUACAUUACGGACCUGCACAACUAUGGGCAGACGGAACAGAAGGGUCUCUGGCUGACAACGGCCAAUUCUUUCAUUGGCGAAGACACUAUCGAUGAGCCCGGAUUUCUGGACCGCAAUUUUGCGUUGCUCCUGAUGGGUGAUGAGAAGAAGAUCAUUGCCGAACUGCAAGCAGAUCCGGAUCCUAGCACCGUUGCUAUGGUUGAGUUUGCACGGCUAUCGAAGCCAACGCAAUCCUUCUACCAAGUUGGCCAGAGUAACGUCUUGACGUUGAGUCAGGUACGCAAAUACGCCCAGCACUUCAUCUUCUGGCGCCGUGCCAUUGCCAUACCCCCUCUCCACGCCCGGGACAUCUACAUCAUGUCACCUAACUGCGAUACACGCAACCUCCCCAAGGCAAGCUUUGAGUGGCAAAAGGCAUUCCCCUUGGCACCGCCACUUACAAACUUCCUCGCCGAGCUGUCAUACGCCCCGCGACCAUACAAGCACUUCUGCCCAAGCAAGGCCCACCGCCCGACUUACCUCGACAUGCUAGCUUGGCUCAUGCGCGGUGCCUGGGUGACGCAGCUAUGCACGUUCGCCUACGUGGUAGUCUGGCCGGAGAUCAUCUACGAAGUCGAGCAUAAGAUCGAAAGCGACGAGCUUCGCAAUGCCGAGGAUGCGUCCUCCCUCAGCACCAGCAACAACACCUUGGCCAGCCCGGGCCCCGAUACAGCUGACGAGCAUUCCGAGGUCGAUGGUGACACUAGUGGCGGUAUGGGUGGCAGCGGCAGCAGCAGCGGCGGCGACGGCAACAACGGCGGCGGUAUAGGGGCGCACGUGCCGACGCAAAUCGAGCAAGCGGCAGAAAAGGCGCGUCUGGAGCGCAUCGCGGAGAAGACCCAGCGCGAGGCCGCGGAGAAGGCGACAGCACACGCGCGCAAGAUGCCGCCAUCGGCGACUGACCACCCGUCGACCAACGACGCGCCGCACCUGGCGCGCGUGUCGCCAUACAUCAUCGUGGACGCCAAGAAGGCGACGGGCAAGGAGUCGCUGUACCUUGCGGCCAUCACCAGGCGGCUCGGCAGGGAUCCCAAGGUCGCCAAGGCAUGGCAGGCCUUUUGGAAGUACUUCAACGGGCAGACGGCGCUGGAGAGGAUUGCGUUGCAAGAGGACAUGAAACGUAAGGAGGCAUGGAAUCUGCUGACGGCCAUGAGCGAGCAUCUUCUCUGCGUGCGACACUGGUAG